AAAUAUUGUUGGUUCGAAUAUUUCAUAUCUAAUUAUAGUAUUGAAUAUGUAGAAGCGAUAUAGAAUUCUUAAAUUACCAUUAAUUUCCAGGACUAUAGUGAAGCAAUCAUAUCUUUGUGCAAACUAUAGGGGACUGGUUCUCUGAACAUUUUUGUACGGUUAAAUACUAAGUUUUGAAACUCUUCCUAGGGGUCUGCGUGGGUCGGUUCGUUUGGGGUCAGAUAUUUUAAUCACCUAACUCAUAUACCACGAUUUUGAAAACACAAAAUACAAACUCACCCAAAUAAUUUAGAAUUUUAAUGGUUUGUGUCCUCCAUACCAAAUGAACCAAUUUACAUGUUGCUUACCUAAGGACGAUCUCAUUGUCCAAUCCCAUCAUUCUAAUGUCAAUCCAUAAAAGUAACUCAUAUUCGCGUUUGUUAAUACAUGUUUCACAUUGUCAUUACUGUGACCGGUAAAUUCGCUGCAACUGGUUCGGUAUUGCUCAUCAUAUGGCCUCCAAACUAAUAAACAUAUCGGGCCAGCAGUUUUAUGACUAAACUCAAAGUGAAGACAACUCAUCGUCUCGUGGAAUUUUGGCACUUGGUGGUGUCCAUUAAUCUAAUUGCAAGCAUAAUGAUUGGUAAAAUUAAGCUUUCACGCAACACACUUGGAGUAAAAGUUGAUAUUGGGUUUGGGAAGGGAAGUGGUGAGAGGAAGAAAUUGUGUUUGGAUUUGGUAGCAGGUAAAGUUCAUGGUUCGGUUUCUUUUCAUAAAGUGCUUUGAUUUAUUUUAGUUAGAGGUAUAAUAUCAUGGUUAUGUGGGAUCUAAUGAAUAAAAAAUGAGCUUGGGGGAUGGGAAUUUCAACUUAGAAGGAGUCGAUUAAAUUUUGAUAAACUCAACUUCAUGAUUAACUGAAAGAAUAUUCAGAUUUAGACUUUGUGGUAUUGAGAUGUUCAUAGAGAGUUUAAAACUGAUCCAAGGCCAUAGAUUGAUAUUGGUUAGUUGAUUUUGAUUUUGAGGAAGGUGUAUAAAAAGUCAUGGAAGUAGUUUGAAGCAAGUGAAAGCAGUGAAGAUGCAGUUGGUCAGGGUAGUGAUUGAAACAAGGAGGAUAUUGAAAGACAUAGAAGCCAAAUCGAAGCAGUUGAAGAGAGAGAAGGGGUAGAUGAUCAGGGUAUUAAUGAAAAUGGAGAGGGUAUUGAAGGACAUGGAAGUGAACUGGAUCAGGUGAAGACAGAGAAGGAGGAGAAGAGCAUAUUGAUGGAAUUUAAGAUGAGUGUUGGUUUUACGAGCUUAUUAAAACUGCCUUGAGGAAGAUGAGUUCGCCAAAUACAAGAAAGAGGAUUGAGUAGUUGGAGAUCAAGCUGACAAAAAACUCAAUUGAUAGAGAAAUUCAGGUUCAUAGAGAGAAGGUCCAUCAAAGUAGCAUAAACAGAGUUGCAGAAGGAGGAUUAGAAAUUGAAUUUUGGUUUAAAAUAUAUACGUCGAGAGAUUGAAGAUGGAGGGAUAAAAAGUUGGUUGUACAACGGAGAGUGGAAACUAUUGGCUCUUUAGGUGUUAUGGUUGUUGCAACUACCACAACCUAUGUUUAUGUUAAAAUAAGGAAUCAUUGAUUGAUUUACUAAAGUUAAGGUCGAUUCACUAUUCAAACUACUGGAACCUGUAGUUAAGGAGUGUCUAAUUUUGUGCCUCAUUACUUUGAUGGAGUCUAUUAGUAUAUUGGAUGUAACUCUAAUUUUGUCAUUUGCUCUCAAGUUUUGAUGGUCAACCCCAAACCACACUGGACGCAACACAGCUUUGACCAAGACCAUAUCAAAUUGAAUCUAAUAUGUCUUGGACCUUCAUCCUACCAAUCAUACAAGUUCAAAAGAAAAAUGUUCUUAUGGGACAUUUCAAUCGAACUUCAUCGGAUCCCACCAGAUCGAUUGCACUUAUGGUCCAAUGUUGGAUUCUAUGAUUUGUUUCAUUAAUGGACCGUGUUUCUAAUGAAUAUAAACAAUCAACUAUGAACAUGCAUAAUGUUAAUCGGCCAACGGGCCGAGUUAUAAGCUAGUUAUUAUACCACCUAAAUAUUAUUAUAAUCGUUUUAUCGAGUUAAAAGUCGAGCGGAAUCUCGCACUUUCUAGCCGAAUUAGAAUGCAGCCACAAUGACGGCAAGUGUUAAGCUCAGGAGCCCAACAUCAUAUCCAGUCGCUAAAGUUCAUUUGUCUGUAGCGAGACCAGUCCAAGCCCAAUUAGGCUCGGAGAUGAAGUGGAGUUGGGCCUUAGGAUUAGCUGUUCAAUGCAUAAUGGUGGUCCAUGGGCUGGCUGGCGCCUCCACCAACUAUAACAACGAUUUUUAGUUUCGCGCUGGCGUGGCGCCUCCACCGACGCCGUUAAUUCCACCACGCUGAUAAAUAAAUGCUCAUUGUUUCCACCUUUUUUUUCCGGCGAACAUAAUCGAUUCUCUCAGGCAUAUCAGCUAAUCGACGAUCGACCUUCUUGAUCGAGAGCCGACUAACCGAAUUCGAUACUAGUAUCGAAGCGUUAACCUUUGUUUGAGUGUACCGUGGAGGGAUUUUCCCGUUGCUGUGUUGCAGAUCGAUUCGUGUAGUUGCGGAGGAGGAGGAACGAAAAGAUAAAUUAGAUUGUGGGUUGAUUGCAUUAGCGGGGGAAUUCGAAAGUCGGGGAGUGAUGGAGAAGGAGCGAAUCAGGAAGCGUCCUCGGCUUGCAUGGGAUGUUGGUCCGCUCGAAGGAGAGGCUCAACGGGCUGAAAAGCAUGUAUCGCCACCAAAAAGGGUUGAUGAUCGUGAAGGUCAUUAUGUCUUCAGCCUGGGGGAGAAUCUCACUCCUAGAUACAAAAUUCUCAGUAAGAUGGGUGAAGGCACCUUCGGCCGAGUUCUGGAAUGUUGGGAUAGGAAUACACGGGAAUUCGUGGCUAUUAAGGUGAUCCGCUCCAUUAGCAAAUAUCGCGAUGCAGCAAUGAUUGAGAUUGAUGUUCUUCAACUUCUUGCUCGGAAUGAUAAAUCCAGCUCUCGCUGUGUGCAAAUUCAAAACUGGUUUGAUUACCGCAAUCAUAUCUGUAUUGUCUUUGAGAAGCUUGGACCAAGUUUAUAUGAUUUCCUUAAGAGAAAUAAAUACUGCUCAUUCCCUGUGGAUCUUGUUCGGGAAUUUGGACGCCAGCUUUUGGAAUCUGUAGCAUAUAUGCAUGAUUUACAACUGAUUCACACUGACCUGAAGCCGGAGAAUAUACUUCUUGUCUCUUCUGAUCACAUAAAGCUUCCAGCGACCAAGAGAGCAUCUUCAGAUGAAACACAUUAUAGGUGGUUGCCAAAGUCGAGUGCCAUUAAGCUGAUUGAUUUUGGUAGUACUGCAUAUGAUAAUAAGAACCAUAGCUCCAUUGUUUCUACAAGACAUUACAGAGCCCCUGAGAUUAUCCUAGGUUUAGGAUGGAGUUACCCUUGUGACAUCUGGAGUGUUGGUUGCAUACUCAUAGAGUUAUGCACGGGUGGAGCACUAUUCCAGACACAUGAGAACUUAGAACAUUUAGCAAUGAUGGAGAGGGUAUUAGGACCUUUGCCAGAGCACAUGAUUUCUAAGGCUAAUCGGGGAGCCGAAAAAUAUUUCAGGAAAACUAGAUUGAAUUGGCCAGAAGGAGCAGUUUCUAGGGAGAGUAUUAGAGCUGUGAGGAAGCUUGACAACUUAAAGGAAAUGGUGUAUCGACACACAGAGAGCUCUAGAACCUUGCUCGUCGAUCUGCUGCGCGGACUGCUUAAAUACGAUCCAUCAGAACGAUUAACUGCCAGAGAUGCUCUGGAUCAUCCAUUUUUCAGGAAUCCAAUUUGAGAAGAAGAUAACCCAUACCGUUAGACUUUGCGGAGUGUGUAGCUAGAUAAAGUGGGUUCCUCUUUCUUGUACUUGCACUGUAUGUUAAUUAAUGAAAUCGUAGUCUUGCCUUCUUCCAGCCAAACCAUGAUUGCUUUAAGAUUUAGAAUAGCGUUUGCAAUCCAAGUCCGCUGAUUGCGUCUGUGUUUCAGACAAUCUGCGUGAAUUAGCACAUGAAUCUCAGUAACACUCGAAAGGCAUUGCACAAUCUCAAAGAUUGCUGGAUGCGUGAAGCUAGUAAUUUGGUUCUGUCCGAGUUGAGCCGAUUUUUGAGUAGAGAGAUAAAGCCAUAUUAGAGAACACAGACACGUCAAAGAAACAAAUUUUCAUUGC